AUGACUGCAAAUGCCAUGCUCGUCAAAAAUGAUAGUGAAGAUACUGACGUCUCUUUAAUCCAAGGUGACAAGUUAGAAGAGUUUCUUAGGUCACUGAAUAGCAGCAAACCUCUCUAUCUGGGACAGACUGGUCUGGGAAAUAUUGAAGAGCUUGGAAAGCUGGGGUUGGAGCCCGGGGAGAACUUCUGCAUGGGAGGACCUGGCAUGAUCUUCAGUCGAGAAGUCCUCCGGAGGAUGGUGCCACACAUCGGAGAAUGCCUCAGAGAAAUGUACACCACUCACGAGGACGUGGAAGUAGGAAGAUGUGUUCGCCGUUUUGGUGGGACUCAGUGUGUCUGGUCUUAUGAGAUGCAACAAUUGUUCCAUGAAAAUUAUGAACACAAUAGGAAAGGUUAUAUCCAAGACCUUCACAACAGCAAAAUCCAUGCAGCCAUAACACUUCAUCCCAACAAGAGGCCUGCCUACCAAUACAGGCUGCAUAAUUACAUGCUCAGCCGCAAAAUCUCUGAACUUCGCUAUCGUACCAUCCAGCUCCACCGAGAGAGUGCUCUUAUGAGCAAGCUCAGUAACAGUGAAGUGAGCAAAGAGGACCAGCAGCUGGGAGUGAUGCCUUCGUUCAACCAUUUCCAACCUAGGGAGAGAAACGAAGUGAUAGAAUGGGAGUUUCUGACAGGGAAGCUCCUUUACUCCGCAGCUGAGAACCAGCCUCCUCGACAGAGCAUCAACAGCAUUCUGAGAACUGCACUGGAUGACACCAUCCUGCAGGUGAUGGAGAUGAUCAAUGAGAAUGCCAAGAGUAGAGGACGGCUCAUUGACUUCAAGGAAAUUCAGUAUGGCUACCGCAGAGUCAAUCCCAUGCAUGGGGUGGAGUACAUUUUGGAUUUACUCCUCUUAUACAAAAGACACAAAGGGAGGAAAGUGACUGUGCCCGUGAGACGCCAUGCCUACCUUCAGCAGUUGUUCAGCAAGCCUUUCUUCAGAGAAACUGAAGAACUAGAUGUCAACAGUCUUGUGGAGAGCAUUAACAGCGAAACAGAGUCAUUCUCCUUUAUAUCUAAUUCUUUGAAGAUAUUAUCUUCUUUCAAAGGUGCCAAAGAAAUGGGAGGGCACAAUGAAAAGAAAAUACACAUUCUCGUUCCUCUCAUUGGAAGGUAUGACAUUUUCUUGAGAUUCAUGGAGAACUUUGAAAAUACAUGUCUUAUCCCAAAGCAGAAUGUCAAGCUAGUCAUCAUUCUUUUCAGUAGUGAUUCUGCCCAGGAUUCCAACAACCAUAUUGAAUUGAUAAAAGAAUAUCAGAACAAGUACCCUGAUGCAGAAUUGACCCUGAUUCCUAUGAAGGGAGAGUUUUCCAGAGGUCUUGGUCUUGAAAUGGCUUCCUCCCAAUUUGACAAUGAUACUUUGCUGCUAUUUUGUGAUGUUGACUUGAUCUUCAGAGAAGACUUUCUCCAACGAUGCAGAGACAAUACAAUUCAGGGACAACAGGUGUAUUAUCCUAUUAUCUUUAGCCAGUAUGACCCAAAGGUGACCAAUGGGGGAAAUCCUCCCAUGGAUGAUGACUUUGUAUUUUCAAAGAAGACUGGAUUUUGGAGAGACUAUGGAUAUGGAAUAACCUGUAUUUACAAAAGUGAUCUUCUGAGUGCAGGUGGAUUUGAUACCUCAAUUCAAGGCUGGGGACUGGAAGAUGUAGAUCUCUACAACAAGGUUAUUCUAUCUGGCUUAAGGCCCUUCAGAAGUCAAGAAGUAGGAGUGGUACAUAUUUUCCAUCCAGUUCAUUGUGAUCCUAACUUGGACCCUAAGCAGUAUAAGAUGUGCUUAGGAUCCAAGGCAAGUACUUUUGCCUCAACCAUGCAAUUGGCUGAACUCUGGCUAGAAAAACAUUUGGGUGUCAGGUACAAUCGAACUCUCUCCUGACAGUCCAGGCAACACACAUUGCCUUUUUUAAGGGGAGUUUACCUCAUUGUUGGUUAUUUUAAUUUUAUUAUUAUUUUUAUUAUUGUUAUUAUUAUUAUUGUUAUUGUUAUAAUUUUAUUUUUUUGUCCUGGUCUUAAACUACUCUUGGUUGUCUUCCAAAGGGUGUUUGUUGACCUCAAGCAAGAAGAGUCUGCAGUUCACUGAUAUUUCAGAUUUCUACUGAAGUCAACAUGUGUGUUACUUUUAUAUAAUUUUAUUUGAGACUGAGUGACAUCAAGGCAAUCAAAUGACUUUUGAAGCUCAUUUAUCAUGAGAGACAGCUUAGAAGAAUGUUCUCUUGAGGCUUAAAGAUGCAAUAUCGACUUUUAUUUUGUUUGUCAAAUUCAAUGUGAUACAAAUAUUUACUGGUGAAAGGUACCACAAAAGUGCUUUAUGCUUCCUAUGGGGAAGGGACUCUGUAACAUAAACUUGAGUUUUGUAAUUUAUACAAGGACUUAAAUAUAUAAACAAUAAUUUUCUUCAUCUUUAGAAUUUUUAAAAGUAAAUGAACACCUAUGAUUGUAUGUUUAUUUUUUAAAAAAAGAAAAGUUUUAAAAAUCGAGGAGUUUUGUUCCACAAGCAACCGGUACUGGCUACCCUGGUCUUAUGACAAUUAUGAGCUCCUCACAACUGUCUGCUAUAAAUGCGAAUGAACUUUAUUUUCUCAAGGAAAUAGGAUUUAAUUAAAUAUUCAUGUACAUUUUA